AUGUCUCACUAUCGCACCACGGGCGGCAUGUCUUCGGACAACAAUCGCCAGGGCGCUGGAUAUGCCACUUUCCUGACUGCCCAGAUGGGCAACGGCCCUCAGCAUGAUGUAUCUUCUUCGCAUGGUCAUCACAUGGGUCACCCUUCGGACAACAUGGGCGCUGUUUUGAAUCAGUUCAGCACUCUUGCUCUCCCCAGCGGUCACGGCCUGCCCGGCGGCUCGAACCUCUCGCAGGUUCAGGCUCAUCACGCCUAUUGCACCCCCGAGCAGCAGGUUGCCUACCAGGGAUAUCCUGUUCCUCUGCAUGUCGGCAUGACCUCGGAGGGGGCCUACCCAUUUGGCCUCUCUGGCCAAUUUCCUGUCCAGAGUGGAUUUGCCCCAUUGUCUGUUCCAUAUCACACCAUGCCGUAUACCCCGGGCCGUGUGGCUUCGUAUGGCGACCGUUGCAGCGAGGUUCCUGGCCUGGAGAAUCGCCGUGGCUCAUACUCUACGACUGAGUCGACUCCGCCCACUCCUUUCUUUGGUAGCGCGUCUGAGCGUGGUGGCGCUUCCCGUAUCGCCGUCAUUCGCUCGAGCUACACGACUCCCUCUCCUGAGCAGAUCGUCCCGAAGGCCCCUCAGCCACUUGACGAUGACAUGCUCUUGCUGCUCAAGCAAGACCCGGCAAUCCCCGAGGCGGUCCCGGCUGUCUUCACCCCGCCAACUCAUACAAAGUCGGUUGAGCAGUGCCUUGAGAACCGCAUCAAUGGCAACCGCAAUGUCUACAUUCGUGGACUUCACCCCACCACCGAUGACGAGCUCCUCCACCGGUACGCGUCGCGCUUCGGUAAGGUCGAGCAGAGCAAGGCUAUCAUUGACACCUCGACUGGCGCUUGCAAAGGUUUCGGUUUUGCCAAGUUUGCCGACGUCCGCGACUCGGAGAAGUGCAUUCGGGGCUUUUAUCAUCUUGGUUAUGAGGUUGGCUUUGCUAGGGAGAGCUUCAACGCCAGACUCAAGGCAGAAGGCGACGAAAGCUCCACCAACCUGUAUCUUUCAAACCUCCCGAAGCGUCUCACCGAAACUGAGCUCAAUUCCAUUUUCUCCGGAUAUCGCGUCAUUUCGAGCAAGAUUCUUCGUGACAGCAUGGGCAAUUCGCGUGGAGUGGGAUUCGCAAGAUUCGAAACUCGCGAGGAAUGUGAGGAUAUAAUCAAAAAAUAUCACGGUCUCUCCAUUGGCGAGGAGGGGUUGAUGAUGCAGGUCCGCUAUGCGGAUACUCCAGCUCAGAAAGAGCUGAAGAGAAUCACGGCGGAGCGCCGCCAGUUUCGCACCAACGAGUACAACAUUGGUGCUUACGGCACUGCUGAUGUUGGCAUUCACCCAAGCAUCUACCAUCAGGCUCCUUGGGGCCGUCGUACCGGCGUCGGAGCUAAGCCUUCCUUUGCCCCUCGUGGUUCCAUGCGUUGCAAUGUUGGAGCCAGCAAUGGCACGGCUUCUGCCACGUCUCAGGGAGUGGGCCAUACCCUCAAGCAGAGCACCACAGCAUCCGGUACGGCUUCUUCUGACGACGCCUCGGUUGACGGCGGUGUGACGAUCGUUGAUUCUCCUAGCGUCGCGAAAGGAAGCACCCAGUCGUCGCCAACCGUCAAGAAGGAGAAGGUGUGA